UUGCGAUAGCAAAACAAAAUUGAAAAAUUUAGUUUUUUAGCCAAGCAAAUUAAACGUUUUUACAACUUUAUUGCUGUAAUGCUGAAUAUUUUUGGAAUUUUAGAAAUAAAUAAAAAACUCAAAUCUAUUUAAAAACCUGAACUCUUACCUUCCCUACCUGUAUUAUAUUCAAUAAAAAGCUAUGGAACAUAUCAAACAAUAUAAAACUUGCUAUAAAGUUAGCACACUUCGUUUUCAACUGCGUUUCACAUCUAAUAAACCCCAGCUUACUUCGGAUUCAUGUGCCAACUGCAACAUUUCCCAUUGAAUUCAACAUCUAGUAAACAAAUAAUUGGUUACUUCGCCAACUAAAAGUUUGGUAAAAUCAUCAUUGAUGAUCCCGUGGAUGCGUGCCAGAUGGGCGGCACGCAAUAAACGAACCGCCAGUGAGGAUAAAUCGGAUACUGCACAAGCGGCUUGCAGUAGAACGACUGUCUCAAAUGCUGAUACAACUGCGACCGAUGCUACACCUGUGACAACUGUCGCAUGCGAACAACAUAUCAAACAUAGCACUUCACCAGCGCGUCACACAGCGCCACCACAACGACGCAGUCGAACUAUGUUACAAACAUUGCCGGCACGGAAUGUAUUCCUACAGCCUGGUAUGCGUGCGCCACCACUUCAUACACACUCACAAUCGCAGCAGUUGCAAUCAAGUGCAAGUCCAACGUUAACGCCACAGUCACGACGUGUGUCAAAAAUACGCGGCUCACGUCGCUCAUCAGCUAUAUCAAGUUCUGACUCCGCCACAGCUGGUUCUAGCGAUAAUAUCAUACGUGAUGGACCAAAACAAAAUAUCAAAGUACGCGUUAUAUGUCCCAGUGCGCGCGUACUCAUCUUUCAGACGGAUGUCAACAAGCGUAUAGCAGAGCUUAAAAACGAAGUUAUGCUGGAAUUGUCGGACGACCAAACAGCAAUACCAUUGUUUGCGCCUGAUGUGCGACAACUAGGGCCACGUUAUCGCAUGAUGCGCGCCGAAUUUCAAGGUGCGGAAUUGAAUGAAACAAUGACACUGGAACAAUUGAAAAUUGAAGAUAACGCUAUGUUGUUGUUAGUGCCGCGGCGUCAAAAUCUACAACAAAUGACAGCUAUGACGCGUGAUAUACAACCGCCGCGUGAGUUGGAAAUCAAUGCGGCCACCAGAAAUGUACUAUCACAAGCCGUGGACAUGCCAAUGGUGGACAUUAAUGAGAUUUUCCAGCAAUCGAAUCUGCAAUUCGAUGUACGCAAAGUUCUCAUUUCGUUGGCACAAGCGUCUGCUGCAAUAAUAGGCGCCGGUCCCUAUGCUACACGACUGAUUGCGAUGCUUAAGCAAAAGUUGAUAAACAAACGAAAUUAUCAGAAUGAUACACUGCAGUGCCUUGUCGAUAUGGGUUUUAAAAAGGAGAAGGCUGAAUAUGCGCUGAAAAUUAAUCAAGGCGUUUACUCCGCAGCGCUUGAAUGGCUCAUACAACAUCAGAGUGAAGAGAGUUCAGUAGAGGAGGCCGCCAUGGGUUUGCAGAAAAGCCAAUCGGUGCUUUCGCCAUCGGGCAUACUAACCAAUGAUAGCAUUGUUGAAAACACCGAAGCGCUGCUAGAAAUCGUGCGCAUCUAUAGUCAUCGUGAAAUGCCGCCCACGCCGGAAACCAUAAGUUCACUAGUCGAAAUGGGUUUUGAAGAGACUGAGGUUUUGAAAGCUUUAAAAAAGACUUGUAAUAAUAAAGCAGCCGCUUGUGAAUGGCUUUGCGGCAAUCGUACGGGUAGUUUGAUUGAGCUGCGUGAAGGACUCUCACAAGAUUCGCCAAUACUUAAAGCCAUACUCGAAAUGCCACAAGUGCAGAUGAAUUUAAGUAAUCCGAAAAUACUAAUAGCCUUUCUCUCUAUACUGGAAAAUGAGAAUUCUAUACGCGUUUGGGGUGGUGAUAAUGACACCACAUCUGUUAUCACACAUAUCCUGCAGAAAUAUCAUGAAGAGAAGCAUGUGCUCGGUAUAAAUCAAUUCUACAGUAAUCGUCAAUAAUACACAGCUAUUAGGUUUGAAGUAACGGCAGAUGCGUUUAAACGCAUGCGCACAAUACACAAUAUACCUUAAACUAACUAUAUGUGGGUAAAAAAAAUGCAUUAUGUAUUAGAAAAAAAAUUUACUAUAAACCACAAAAACGUUUAUCUUUGGGUUAAGCUUAAUUUAGCUUAGAAAGAUGUCUACUAAAUAAUAAUAAUAAAAAAAAUUACAUAGUAAAAAAAAGUGAUAUUAUCACCAAAGAAUAGUAAGAAAGCUGUUGUUGCAAUAGAACGAAGUAUGUAUGUAUGUAGUUAUCGAAUAUCACAACAUUUUUGUAUUAGCUAAACAAAUAUUAUAUACGUAUGUAUGUAAGCAACGCACAGCUCGCGCCAAAAAAAGCCUCUUAUACAUAUAUACACACACAAACAUCCCUGCAUAGAAGUAGCAUAUAUACAACAAUUUUCAAGACAGCAAGAAAACUAAAGUGCAAUUUUAGCGCUUAAGAAACAUUAAAAUUAGUCGUGCAUACAUAAAUACAUAUGUAUUUGUGUAUGUAAUAUGUAAACAUAAUCAUAGUUGUCGUAGGAAGUAUUGUAAUAGUUUUACGAGCCAGCAGUCAUUUUAACAUUUUGCUAAACGCCAAAUUUAAUUAGUACCUUAAGCCAAAAAAAAACACA